GAAAGAUUGGUCAAACCAGCGCCUCAAGGCAGGAAUUAUAUCAAAAGACAUGCUUGAGGAAGCCGCAGCAAUCCUCCCGAUAUUGGUCAGACUACGCGUUCCAUCUACCGACAGUCAUUUUGGGACUUGCUUCUUCGGCCUAUUCGGCCGCCGAACUUACGUGUCUGAUCAGCCAGGUUUUGCCGAUAUACCUAGCUGUUUCAUACCGAAUGUAGGAAAGAUCCCUCACAAUCUUGCUUCAUUAAAGCUUCAGUACAAUGUCGACUGCUUGGAGAAAAAUCGGUGUGCCGGUUACCAAGGAAGAAGAACCAAAAAGAUAUCGCUGGACUGCUGAGCAAAUUUUACAACAGUUGCCACAAGAGUAUGCAGUUCAAGGCAAGGUCUAUAUGGUUACUGGUGGUCACUCUGGAAUAGGAUACGAAACCACUAAGGCCUUCGUGGCCAAUGGCGCUACCGUUAUUAUUGCUUCCCGAAGACAAGCUGCAGUGGAAGAAGCUAUAAGUCGCAUCAAGUCCGAGUAUCCUGAUGCAAACAUGAUCUUCUUACAACUGGACCUUUCGGACUUGGACAAAGUCCAACAAUGUGUUCGUGACUUUGAAGCUACUGGACUACCGUUACAUGGACUGGUAUGCAACGCUGCGGCGCAAAUCAUAGGGUUUGAAUACACCAAGCAAGGGUUUGAAAUGCAAUUUGGAACAAAUCACGUCGGCAACUUCUUGCUUAUUCAACUCUUGGUUGAUCACCUUGCUAAAUCCGGACCUCAUUCACGCAUUGCCUUGGUGUCUUCGGGGGCGCACCGCACUUCGCCAGUUAGAUUUGAUGAUCUGGAUUUCCAAGGUGGUAAAGUGUAUGACAAAUGGCUAUCAUACGGGCAAAGUAAAAGUGCGAAUAUCAUAUGUACUAGAGCACUUAACGAUGCCUAUGCAGCCAAAGGUGUUGAGGUUUUUUCACUUCAUCCAGGAGGUAUCCUCAGUGGCUUAAGUACGCUUGGUCCGGAGCUGGCGCUGCAAAUGGGAUUCAUAAACGAGGUGGGCGAGAGCCAUCCUGGGUUGAAAACAUGCUCAGAAGGCGCUGCUACGCAAACUUACGCUGUAACAUCGCCAGAACUUGAAGGCCAAGGCGGUGCUUUCCUCAAAGAUUGCGAAAUACAAGAUCCAGAGACUGAGUUUACGCAGGACAAGACAGGGGAGAAUGGCAAGCGACUUUACGAGUUAUCCCUCCAGUGGGUGGAGCCUUAUAUGAAGUAAGGAAUGAACCGCGGGUUCAUUUUAGAGGCUGGCGUUUGUGGAGGUAAAGUCUCACCAGACUAAUAAAAACUUUUUUAUGUCGAUGCUAUUCACACUGUGCAUACGCCGUGAGAACGAAGGCAAUUUCAAGUGGGGUCAUGACUUAUUUAAACAAUGUAGCAUCGACCACCUCCGUUAACUUGAUUGUUUGAACAGAUUGUUCAAAAGGUAAACAAAGGCUCCGACAAAUAUUUG